GAGAAACGUCGCGGGAGGCAGGCAAGCUGAGGGGGGAAAUCCGGAGCGGGGGCACUACUGUUAAUCUGUUUAUUUCAUCAUUCAUAUCCAAGAGUUUGCUUGUUUCCUCCUCCCUCCUGACCCUUUUUCCUUUUCUUUUAUGUAGCACAACCCUGAGGGCAGGGACUUUUCUUUAGCCGUUUGUAAGCCGCUCUGGAGCCUUCCCUCCACUCUUUUCUGAAGAGCGGGGUAAAAAUUCGUUAAAUGAAAUAAAACCAACAUCUCGCCUUUCUUCCAAGAUGCUUCAAGCAGCGCACGUCGUCCUCUUUCCCCAUUAUCCUAACGAAAAGCCUGUGAGAUGAGUGAAGCAUCCUUCCAUACUGAAGAUAACGAAAUCAUCAUUGCCUCCAGUUCCAUGAUGCAAACAAAGUAUAGCAAGGGGAGUUCCUCCAAACGAGACUCUGUAGCACUUAUCGCCGUGGCAUUACAAGAUCACAUUUUACAUAAUCUUCAGCUGCAGAAUCUUUCAUUAGCAGAUCCUUUUAAGUCAAAGACACAGAGUAAAAAGAAUUCAUACAAACCUGUGAAGAAGGAGACAGUCAGAGCAGUAGUUGAUACUGGACUAAAGAAAACAAGCAGGCACCAACAAAAAAAUGAAGAUCCAGAAAAGGAGUAUGUUCUUGAUCCUUGUCCUCAGCCUCUCACGUUAGCUCAGCAACUUGGGUUGGUGGAACCUCCUGCCAUGCCACUAACCAUUGAGGAAUGGGAGCAUGUGAAACAACGAUCCAUAAAACAAGGAGACUCAGUUCAACCUUGUGCCAUAUGCAGAGAAGAAUUUGCACUUCAGCCACAGGUGCUGCUGUCAUGUUCUCAUGUGUUUCACAAAGCAUGCCUGAAAGCUUUUGAAAGAUUUGCAGGUAAAAAGACCUGUCCAAUGUGUAGAAAGAUCCAGUAUCAGACCCGAGUAAUUCAUGAUGGAGCACACCUAUUUAAAAUAAAGUGUGCUACAAGAAUUCAAGCUUUUUGGCGGGGGCAUAUUGUUAGGAAAUGGUAUAAAAAGCUAAGAAAAACAGUGCCUCCAAAAGAUGCCAAAUUAAGGAAAAAAUUCUUUGAAGAAAAGUUUUCAGAGAUCUGCCAACGAUUAUUGAAUUCAUACGAUACCCGCAUAGACGAACUCUUCUCCGAGAUUGAUUCUAAUGUAGCUGAAAGUCAAAACGUGUUUCAGCAGCUAGACAAGAAGUUGGGCCCAGGCAUAGAUGAAGUUGAAUGGGAAAAGAUACAGAUGCAGGCGUUCCGGCAAGACAUAGUUGACUGCCCAAUUUGCAUUAUGCCGCUCAUCUACCCCACUCACCUGCAGGACGGAAUUCCCCAAGCCAGCUACCCAUCAUGCUCCAGCAAGACCGUUCUGCUCUCCUGUUCACACAUGUUUCAUAGUACCUGUGUUCAAGCUUUUGAAGACUUCUCCUUGGGAGGAAAACCCAUAUGUCCUUUAUGCCGCUCCCAUUAUCAGAAGAAAAUACUUAACUAAUGUUUUAAUAUAAUUUUUUAAGGUAACUGAAAAAAGCCAUUGGGUUGUAUCCAAUGCUGGUCAUAUUCCUUGGAACAGACCCGUUUAAAUUUAAGUCCAUUAAUUUUAAUGGGUCCACUUUGAGUAGGCCUUAGUUGAAUGUGUAUUAUAGAAAUAUUAAUAUUAUAGAAAUAUU